UUAGUUUCCUUAUUCUGACCCCUCCCAGUCAUUGCACAGGACAUUCUUCUUCCUGGAUGCGUUCCCAGCAGUGAGUAACCAACAGCUCAGUCUUCUGAUCCUGGAGACGCAAGGAUGAUCCUGAUGGCAGUGUCCCCCGUACUCCUCUACCUGCUAAGCUUUACUCUGCUUCACCCUGUCGUUCUGGGAGAGAAUGACAGGCCAAUAAUAGGAAUCAUAACUCAGGAGGUCUCAGAUGAAGUGUUCCUUCAGUAUGGUAAAACAUAUAUUGCGGACUCCUAUGUAAAGUUUCUUGAGUCAGCUGGUAGCAGAGUGGUUCCUAUCCGGCUAAAUCUGAGUGAGGAUGAAUAUAUCCAUCUUUUCAAGUCCAUCAAUGGAGUCCUGUUUCCGGGAGGAGCAGUUGAUAUCCUGAAUUCUAGCUUUUCGCGGACAGCUGACAUAUUUUAUAAGCUGGCUAUUGAGGCCGCAUCCACUGGUAUUUAUUUCCCUGUCUGGGGCACUUGUAUGGGUUUCCAGAUUCUUACUGCACUGACAUCUGGGAAGAACUUAUUAUGUAAAACAUCUGCUGAGAACAUAUCUCUCCCACUCUUCCUUACUGAUGAUGUCUCUUCCAGCAAAAUGUUUCGUCAUGCUCCCUUGGAGCUGCUGCAUGCAGUCGCCAAAGAAAAUAUAACCGCAAAUUUCCACCAUUUUGGAAUUACCCCAAAGACCUUCCUUGCCAAUGAAAAGCUUGCAACAUUUUACCGUAUCCUAUCUACAAACCAGGAUCAGGAUGGUGUGGAGUUCAUAUCCACCAUGGAAGCUCGGGAUUAUCCAAUCUAUGCAGUACAAUGGCAUCCAGAGGUGAACCGCUUCCAGUGGCGCAGUGAUCUUGCCUUUCCACACUCUGUCAACGCUAUUUGGAUAUCACAAUAUCUUGCAAAUUUCUUUGUGGAUGAAGCCCGAAAGAAUACAAAUCGCUUCUCAAACCCCAAAGAGGAAGAAUUGGCUCUGAUCUAUAACUGGCCAGUGACGUACACAGCUAAUAUCAGUGGCUAUGAGCAGGCGUAUUUCUUUGAUUAGUCAUCUCUGACAAACCUUGACCAAGGCUUUAUCAAGACAGUAUCAAGAUUAAAAUCUUUCUUCAAGAACCACAGACCUACAUAUGGAUGGAGUGUCACAGAUUCCUCCUGU